GGAAGAUAUUCAUCGCAGCUAGUUUGGGAGGAAUUUCUUUGAAAAGACUAGCCCUUUCCUCCUUUUAUCUUUACGGGCGAACCAAAAGGGAGGCAAAGGCUGUGAAACGGUCGAAAGCCUUACCAGGACCCAUAAGGGCGGGGGAUCCUACGGAUCCCCCGCCGGGUUUUGACUGGUUAAUUCAUUUCUCUUUAGAAUUCGUGGCUUGGGGGAUAGGAGUAAAUAUUGGUGUUAAUGUAAUUCAUUCUUUAGUUUACUCUUCAGUUCUUCGUGUUAGGAUACCACUCCUUGCUACCAUGAGCAAGUGGACGCCUGGCAUGGGGGCCUCCAACGGAGGGGGCCGUAGGCCCCCAAGAACCGGUGAGCGGGUAUUACUAGGCCUUGGUGUUGCUAGCCUUCCGGCUGGUGAGGUGCAACCUGCUCCUUACAUUCAAUCCCGUGGUUAUAUGGUAAGAGGCUAUGCUACCGGUAAGGAGCGCCCAAGCUCGAACGUGGAGUUAACCGUCAAAGCUGACGCUAGCAAGCCGAUAUCUGAUAUACAGGAACCUGUACAAUCAUUAACCCAAACCCUUAAAGCCAGUCCAUAG